UCGCGUAGCACGUAUCGCCCAACGCCGCGACGUCGAUCUUCCGAUCGCGAAAAAAGUUAACACACGAAACUUUCUUGACUUUCCUUUCAACGCGAAUACUGUUGGACUGGAACUGUCUGUUUUUCAUCCGGCACACGUCGAGUGACCUUACAUUAAACCGGAAUUUGGUACCCCAAGAACAAGUUUGGUCUGUUCCCGUGGCAGGACAUUCGUGAAGUGAGAACUUUAUUUCAGUGCUGUGAUCAGUGUCUGUGUGAUUAUCUUAAACAGAUCGAUUUGAGGAGGACUGGUCUUCACCUUAGGUUGGCUUUUUAUUAGAGUGCUGUCAAACGUUGCAAGCAUGCGGCCGCGGGUGUGGCAGUGAUGAGCGCGCGCGGCGCGGGCGGGCAGCGCUGUCAGUUAAUUCUGCAGCGCUGCCUCGCCAUUCACCUCGCCAAGCCGGGCACCGCGCCCGACGACUUCUGGAUGUACGACUCCGGCUAUCUGCUCUUCCAGAGCUUCCUCGCGGCGAAUGCGAAAUGUUGGUGGGCUGGUGCUCUCGCUGCUGCCACUGCGGAACUCCGGUACGCGGGAUACGUGGCACCUGGGGUGCUGUUGGUGGCAGGUGCACCCCGGGCUUUAGAAACCGUCCGUGGAGCAUAUUCCCGAUCCGUCCUCAAACCACCGCCUACUUAUCUUAUAUGCGGCCUUGGUGACAUUGAAGACUGCAUUGUAACACCGGCGUAUCAAGGCCAGUUCACUCCUCUUCCCGAAGCAUUAUGUGACUGCAUUAUGGACCUCACCUCGCAGGGGCAGUCAGCAACACUGGAGAGUAUAAGGACCUCAUUGUCUUCCAAAUUCCCGUCAAUGCAGACACCCUCAUCGGAAGUGGUGUAUGACACACUGGCUCAGCUGAUGCAAGAGAGGAAAAUCUACCAGACUUCGAGAGGAUUCUUCAUCGUCACUCCAGAACGUCGCCGCUCUCGUUCGCGAUCGUCAUCCCGUCAUCAUUCGACAGAGGAUGAGUGCAGUUCCCCUCGAACCAUCCUAAUGUCGGACCAAGAGGCUCUGCAUCAGCUCUAUGGCGAAAUCACUACAGUGCGAGAUGGUGCUAUCACGCAUCAGUGUGUGCAGACCAAUUUGGCUGACGUCAUCUGUGGAGGCAAUCCAAACGACAAGAUUCUAUACGGCCGUCCCAACAAACGGCGUAGUGCGUCUUUCCCAGCACCGCGCUCGCUCGACCGGCGACACUCCCUUCGAAUAUUCGGUUCGUCGAGCAAAUACUUGCAGCGAUGCGCAUCUACCCGCAGCCUGCACCACAAACAUGCGAACACGACAGACAGCUCUUCAUCCACUGACUACCCGCCUAGCGUAGAAUCUGCGUCGCCUAAGAAAGUGUCGUUGCUCUCCCGCUUAUUCAGACGAAGCGGCCGCAGCAAACAGACCCGCGCAAUGAGCACGUUUUCUGCACAGUUCCCGCCAACGGAAUGGUUCAAUUCCAAGGCGGUUCAUCUGCAUUGCGUCGCUACACAGACUGACUCUAAGGAGUCACUGCAGAGUCAAACAUCAUUCAUGUCAUCGUACUACGACGGAUCGGAGAUAAGCAAUCGGUCAUCGACAUUGCCCAGAAGGCACAAACGGCACCUGUCCACAGAGUCUGGUCUAGCAGGCUCCUUGCACUACGACCAUUCUCCCAUACGACAGUCCAGUCCCAGUUCUGGUAGUCUUCCCAGAUCCACGCUCAGCAGAAGCUCAACGAACAAAACAAUUCUGGACCACUUCGGUUCACCUCAAAGGAGCAGCGAUCCGAAGUUGAGGGACAGUCCCAGCGGAAGUUUACGAAGGGUAGAUUAUUCAGACCACGUCAUGUCUACCAGCGGUCCAUCGAGUUUGGAGAGCACAACGCCGCAUCGCACGCCAAGGAAAGAUAGCAGAAACGCACACUCCGAUCAGAAUUCCCCAAUGAAGCGCUGCUACAACAGCGGCAGCAGCGGUCACUCCAGUCUAGAAUCGCACAUAUCCGAUCGCACUUUAAAACCUGCACCUAGUCACGCUAGUGGAGCACCAGGACUUAGUAGAGCGCAAUCGCUCGUGAAAGUUCAAAGCUUGCAGAGUUCUCCAAAGAGCCUCCAUAAGUAUAGAACUAAACCUCCAAUCGUUGGAGGUGAAACUUUAAAAAAUGGCACAUCACCGAAGACGUCUCCAAAAAACUGUCCCAAUACGCCCAAAAAAACUGCGACCCCGUUACAUAACAAAAAUCUUGGAUCUAAAUUAGAAAACCCUACAACCGCUAUGCUCGCGAGCUCCAACUCAAACAACUCGAUUACUCUUAAGGUAACAACGAAUACAAUACAUCAAAACGGCGGGACGAAUACGAAAGUUUUCGUUCAAAAUUCACCAGUACGAUCGGUUAUUACAUUCGAAAAUGGUAAAGUUACGGAAACAAGUAAUGGAAGUAACAUUUACAUUAUUAACGACGACAGGCAAGUAGUGUCUGUACAAAAUGGUAUUUCAAAUUCAACAGCAAAGAACCCAACCGAAACGUCAUUUGAUGUAAGUGUUGAGAAUAACAAACAAAAGUACAAAGAAGCAGAGCCAAUUAAAGUACAAGAAAAUAAAUUUAACAAAAACUCGAUGAAUGAGGCGAAUAUGAAUAAUAAUCGAAAACUGUCACUACAAAUCGGCAGCGGCACAAAUAACAAUAGUUUCGUUUACAAAAAUCAAUUGAAUAAUACCAAUGAUAUCGCAUCAAAUCCCGCUUCACCAGCCAUACACAAUAACAUACACAACAUUGAAGCAACGCCUAACAGCAACCCCACGACACCUACGAAAAGCUAUGAUAACAUCAUCGGUUCAUUAGGAAGCCUGAGAUAUCAGAAAAACUCCUUAUCAUCAGCUAAUGGUGGCAUGCAAACGAAUAUUAACUCGAAUAGCGAACUGAAGAGUGUCGAUUUAUUGAAGAAAGCAGCUGCUUUACAAAUGUUGAAUGGCCUUCCAAACAACAGAAUGAGUUCAGAGUCGAUCGCAAAUCUAUUAACAAAAGGAAUCGAUACGAAACCAACAGUUUUAGGAUCGGAACCGAACCUAGCUUUAAAGAACCAAGAGUCGUUGAAAGACAAUACGUCGUCCGAGAAAAUAAAUUGCAUAGACAAUAAACAGAAACGGUACAGUUUAAGUCAAGAUGGCAAAAAGGAUAAUCAGGAUUUUUACAAUUUUCCUAGUCUUAGUGACUUGAGCUUUAACUUUACGAGUUUAGCCGCCCAGAAGAUAUUGAAAGGAGUCAGUAUAAAUAGUGUCGAUACUUUAGUGGAACUAAAUAUGGCCGCAAAUACGGACAAACCGAACAACCGUGACGUCACGCCGGUAUGCACAGAUUUUGGCCUUGUAUAGUGUCUUAUUAAGUUUAAAUGUACAAUAGUAGACUUUAUAUACGAUAUAAGUUAGCCUUAAAUAAUCAUAACUUAGAUUACACCCUACUUAUUAGUUCAAACUUUGUACUCAUUUGAAUUUUGUACUCCCCAUUUACUUCUUUAGAUAUCUUUCAUGUUUCAUGUAUCCCUUCUAAUCGAUAUUUAAGCCUAUACUAACUUAUUGUCAAUUUAAUGUACACGCAUCAUUAUAAUGCACAUUUUAAUCUUGUCCAGUGAGUGACAAUAAAGUUGAAAAACACUGAUGUGGCCUAAGCGUACCCAUCCAAAAGAAUUUAGUGCCUAAUAUAAUCGAAUUAUUUAUCCUAUUCAGUAUUCGUAGUGUAUAUUUUUAUGCCCUUAGCACAUAUCUAAAAAUAUCACUUAGAUUUAAAAACAUUCACCUGCACAUCUUUUCGUGCCAUCAUGUUUCCAGUGAAGCGAGUACAAACUAGUAUAUCUCCAUAAGAACAGGUUUCAUGUAAGGAAGAGGGAGUUAAAUAUAUGUCAUGUAUAAGUGCCAUAAACCAUAAUAUAAUUGUGAGAUCGGGCAAUGGGUUGGGAAGAUUGGUUUUUAAUUAUUUUGGUCAGCACUUAGUGCAAGACAAUGGGUAAUAUUUAUUCAUUAGAAAAUGUAAUCAAAAGUCAAUGCAUAUUAGUGUAAGAGUUCAGU